GCUAGGGGUGCACCGACGCUCCGCAGGCGGCUGGAGCUCAGUUUUGCUUUAGCUGCAUCAACCGCGCCGCCUGCCCUACUCCGCUCAGGUUACGACCCCAGCCCCCUCUGCACGAUCUUCCCAGACUCCAGCCCCGGCUCUUGCUCCGGCCCUGCAGACCAUGCUCCGGGUGCCCCCGGGAAAACCGGGCUGGGUGAAGAGCCGGCAAAGAUUAGGCUCCCGAGCGGGGGCCCCACCCGGCCGCCCAGCUCUCGGCCCCAGCCGUGCCGGGUGUCCCCGAGCCUUGUGAGCCUGCUGGGCCAUGGAGCGCGCGCCGCCCGACGGGCUGCUGAACGCGUCGGGUGCCCUGGCCGGCGAGGCGGCGGCCGCAGGCGGGGCGCGCGGCUUCUCGGCUGCCUGGACCGCUGUCCUGGCUGCGCUCAUGGCGCUGCUCAUCGUGGCCACAGUGCUGGGCAACGCGCUGGUCAUGCUCGCCUUCGUGGCGGAUUCGAGCCUCCGCACCCAGAACAACUUCUUUCUGCUCAACCUCGCCAUCUCCGACUUCCUCGUGCCUUCUGCAUCCCAUUGUAUGUGCCCUAUGUGCUGACCGGCCGCUGGACCUUUGGCCGGGGCCUCUGCAAGCUGUGGUUGGUGGUAGACUACUUGCUGUGUGCCUCCUCGGUCUUCAAUAUCGUGCUCAUCAGCUACGACCGGUUCUUGUCGGUCACUCGAGCCGUCUCCUACCGUGCCCAGCAGGGGGAUACGCGUCGGGCAGUGCGGAAGAUGGCACUGGUGUGGGUGCUGGCCUUCCUGCUGUAUGGGCCUGCCAUCCUGAGUUGGGAGUACCUGUCUGGCGGCAGCUCCAUCCCUGAAGGCCACUGCUAUGCAGAGUUCUUCUACAACUGGUACUUUCUCAUCACAGCCUCCACACUCGAGUUCUUCACACCCUUCCUCAGCGUUACCUUCUUCAACCUCAGCAUCUACCUGAACAUCCAGAGGCGCACCCGCCUCCGGCUUGACGGGGGCCGUGAGGCUGGCCCUGAACCCCCACCUGAUGCCCAGCCCUCACCACCUCCAGCUCCCCCCAGCUGCUGGGGCUGCUGGCCAAGAGGGCAUGGAGAGGCCAUGCCACUGCACAGGUAUGGGGUGGGUGAGGCAGGCCCUGGCGUUGAGGCUGGGGAGGCUGCCCUCGGGGGUGGCAGUGCUGGGGGGGCUGCUGCCUCACCCACCUCCAGCUCUGGAAGCUCCUCGAGGGGCACCGAGAGGCCUCGCUCACUCAAAAGGGGCUCCAAGCCAUCAGCAUCCUCAGCCUCCCUGGAGAAGCGCAUGAAGAUGGUGUCCCAGAGUAUCACACAGCGCUUUCGGCUGUCACGGGACAAGAAGGUGGCCAAAUCUCUGGCCAUCAUCGUGAGCAUCUUUGGGCUCUGCUGGGCCCCGUAUACACUCCUAAUGAUCAUCCGAGCAGCUUGCCAUGGCCACUGCAUCCCCGACUACUGGUAUGAGACAUCCUUUUGGCUUCUGUGGGCCAACUCAGCUGUCAACCCUGUCCUGUACCCUCUGUGCCACUACAGUUUCCGCAGAGCCUUCACCAAGCUCCUCUGCCCACAGAAGCUCAAGGUCCAGCCCCAUGGCUCCCUGGAGCAGUGCUGGAAAUGAGCAGCUGCCCUACCCUGCUGUGGCAAUGCCCUUGUACCUGUUUCAUGGGCAGCCCCAGGUGUGGGCCCUGCCUUGUCCAUGGCCCACUCUAAAUACCAUGGCAGCCCCUUAGAUCAUCAACCCUGCAAUGGGGUAGCCUGGUAGGCUGGCCGAGAGCCCUCGCUGGUGGAACUGGAGUGUGCUGGCUGGCUCUGCCACCAUCACAUUCUCCUUCACCACAGAGGAGACAAUCCAGGAGUCCCAGGCAUGCGUUCCACCUCUACAGACAGUGCAGUGCCAGUGAUGUCCCCUUUUGCAUACUUAGUGGUCGGUGUCCUCCCUAAUGCAAACCUUGGUGUGUGCCCUGCAUGUGCACACACCCGCCGCACACCUGCCACACACUGCAACACUCUCCCAGACAAUCUGGGGAUGAUGCUUUUUGCUACUUCUGUCUCUUGCUUAAGCCCAGAGCCCAGCUCCUUUAUCCCACUCCCUUCAACUCUUUGCCCCACAAAGUGUCAAGGGCCCCAGGAACCUUGAAGCCCUUCUUUGCUCUUCCAUUCUGGGUGUUUUCAGGAAGAUGGAGGAGAAGAAAACGCGUCUGUGAACUUGAUGUUCCUUGGAUGUUUAAUCAAGAGAGACAAAAUUGCCAAGGAGCUUGGGGCUGGAUUGGCAGGUGUGGGCUCCCACGCCCUCCUCCCUCAGUGCUGCAGCUUCCGGCUGAGCUGCGCCAGCUGCCUCUGCCCGCCCCACCCCCAGGCUUGGGACGAUGGCCCUGCCCUGCUUGCCCCAUCUGUGCAAUCAGGAUGCGGGGGGGUCUGGUGAUGCCUGGUGGGGCUCCUCUGUCUUGUCCUCAUACCCACCUCAGGCCUCUGCAUGCUCUGCUGUCUGUGUGCCCUGGUGUGCUGCCUCUGCCAAUGUGAAGACACAAUAAAGUGUAUUUUUUU